AUGUCCCCAUAUCAACUGGUUUAUGGGAAAGCUUGCCAUUUUCCACUAGAAUUGGAACACAAAGCUCUCUGGGCCAUCAAGAUACUAAACUUUGACAGCAUUGCUGCUGGUGCAAAGAGGAUCUUGCAGCUGCAAGAGAUAGAGGAAUUCAGGUCACAAGCCUAUGAAAAUACUACGAUAUAUAAAGAGAAGGCAAAGAGGAGACAUGACCUGCAUCUUGCACCCAGGGAUUUCGAAAAGGGGCAGCAAGUACUCCUCUACAAUUCCAAAUUGAGACUGUUCCCAAGAAAACUCAAAUCGAGGUGGUCCGGGCCUUUCAUUGUCACAAAAGUCUGA